CAGCUCAUCGGCCUCGGUGUCUCGAUUCCUCGCAGACCGGGGCUACUGCUGACUCCGCGAUUGACUAAUAUUCGGUGCCGUCGCCUUCUCUGUACCUAACACAAAGAGCAUCGUUCUCCCUUUUGCGUCCACCUCGCUACUAUCCUCUCCCUCCCUUUCUCUCCCUCCCUACCACAUCUCGCGUUCUAUUGCUCCAUCGUAAACUAGCCCGACCCGUGUUAGAAUCAUGCGGAUUACGCAGCCGAUCACCUUGGAAAACUCUGACGGGAGCCUGGCCGUCGUCUUCGCAGAGGCGACGACGCCCGAGGAGCGCUCGCGAUGCUAUAAGCUCGCAUCGACUGCCUUCGGAAAGGCGCUCUCGGAAGCCGGCUACGUAGAUCGCGAGCACUUUCUCGGAAAGCUGCCGCUGGUGCGGGGCAACGGCUGGCGCUUCUGGACUCUGGUCACGGCCGACGGCCCCGAGCGCGUAGUCGCCAUGUGCAAGACGAUGCAUAGGGACUUGCUCGUUCGAGAUGCCCGCGGGACGCGCCAGGAACAGGGCUACUGCAUCUGCAGCGUCGUCACGGACGCGAACCACCGCGGCCGCGGCCUCGCCUCCAUUCUCCUGAAGAAUGUGGCAGAGUGGCUGGACGGACCGGGAGACGCCACGGCGAGCAUGUUGUAUUCGGACGUUGGAAAGUUCUACGUGAGCAGAGGCUGGGACACCCUGGACGCAUUUCACAGCACCUUAACCCGUCCUCCAUCUCCCCCGCCGGAGCAAGCUCAGCUCGUCGAAACUCGGCACUUCACGAAAGACGAGCUUCCGAGCCUCUGCGAACGCGACGUGGAGAGUCUUAAGGGCGAGCUCAGUACGGACGGACGCGGCGAGCUCAUGACCGUUCUCCCCACCGGGGAUCUGGUCGGCUGGCUGCAAGGACGGGCCGAGUUCAUGGGUAACGCGCUGGUCGGAAAAGCCUCAGAUGUCAAGGGAACCAUCUGCGAGAGCGCAGACGCUUGGCUGUACUGGUAUCACGACUAUGACUCUCGGAAAUUGUAUGUUCAACGCAUCAAGAAACCUCGCCUGGGCUACAGCGACGCCACCAGGACGCGAGCGCUGGCUCAACUGCUACUUGAUGCUCUCGAUGAGGCACAAAAGUGGCAGUUUACGGGCGUGAUAGUCUGGAAUCCCGACUCGGAAGUGCAGAGCGCCCUGACGCUGCUUUCGCAAGAGUUCGGGGUCGAUGUCACGAGCGAAGAACGAGAACAGAAGAGCGUCCCCUGCGUGCGGUGGCGCGGCGGCGAGAAACGGUCGACAGUCAUCCUACCCAAUGAGUUUUACGCCUGGAGCUAGAGGGUGAAAGACUUCGCGAAUAGAAUUUGAUAUAACGAUGAGCAGCAACACGGUGGACCUUCUGAGCCUUCUCGACGGGCUAGCUGUCAGACUCACUCCCACGACACACGACACACUUGGCUCUCAUGAAGGCUACGUGGAUCAACAUAUUGGUACUUGUAUUAGUGCUAACUAGAGACCAUUUGUUGGCCCUUACCUACCCGAGGAUAUUACCUCGUCCGCAGGGACCUCUGGGGAUCCCAUGUUUGCGAUGUCUUAAACCUGAUGAAAGAGUUGAC